UAUCAGUGCCAGUCAGUGCCACCUAACAGUGCCACAUAUCAGUGCCGCCAUCAGUGCCUCCUCAUCAGUGCCCAUCAGUGCCACCUAUCAGUGUCCAUCACUACAACCUCAUUAGCGCACAUCAGUGAAGGAGAAAAAUCACUUAUUUACAAAAUUUUAUAACAAAAACUAAGAAAAAAAAUUUUUUUUUUUCAAAAUUGUCAGUGGUUUUUUUGGUUUGUUUUAAGAAAAAAUAAAAAAUCCAGAGGUGAUUAA